UGAGAUAAUAAAUAAAUAGAAUUUGGGCUAUGUCUGUGUGCGUGGUGCUGAUGGUGAAAAGCAAAGCAAGGAUGUGGUGGCUCCUUCUCUUUGGUGCUGUUGGUGAUGAUCAUCCUGGAUGUACCGUCAUUGGAAGCAAUAACACAAUAGGAUAUCACGCUGUGAUUGGUGUCAAAUGUCAAGACAUGAAAUACAAGCCAGAGGAUGAAUGUUACCUGGAAGUUGGACAUAAUAAUGACAUUAGGGAACAUUCUUCAAUCCACCGAUCUUCAAAAUCAACCGAUAGGACAGUUAUUGGUAAUGCCAAUUUUAUAAUGGGAUCUUGUCAUAUUACCCAUGAUUGCAAGAUUGGUAACAACAAUAUUCUUGCCAACAAUACUCUUCUAGCUGGGCAUGUUGAAGUGGAAGACUACGUUCACACUGCAGGUGUGACUGUUGUUCACCAAUUCAGUCAUCUUGGCUCUUUCUCUUUUCUUGGUGGUGGUUCCGUGGUUUCACAAGAUGUCCCAAAGUACAUGAUGGCAGCCGGAGAAAGAGCUGAGCUUCGUGGUCUAAAUUUAGUCGGCCUUACUCGAUGUGGAUUCAGCGUUGCAGAGAUCAGGAGCAUGAGAGCUGCUUAUCGAAAGAUAUUCAUGUGUGUUGAUGCAAAUGCUGUGUCUUUAGAAGAAAGGCUUGCAGAAGUGGAGCAGCAUGAGGAAUUGGUUCAUGUUCCUGCUAUGCGUGCUAUGUUGCAGUCUAUUCGCAACUCCUUUGCUGAAAAUCGUCGCGGAAUAUGCAAGUUUAGACACUGGAAUGCCUCUUGAAGCAUGCUGAGGUCAUGAGUUCUUUUCUCUCCAUCAAGAAGCCUACGGGAAACGUUUUACGAUGGAGCAGUUCUUUUCCUUGUUAUAAUCUUUGUAAGAGUUGUAUUAUUAAGCGAUUGUAGGAAGUGAGAAAUCGUUGUGAAUCUCGAAUUUUGUAUAGGUUCAGAUUUGUAUACUUAACUCGGGUCAGGAAUCUCUACCUUCAACUUAUUCUCCACACAAUAAUAGACUAGUCUUGCGUAAAAUUUAGCCUGAAAUGAAUAAAAUUUCACAGUAGAUGAUUUCUCGGUACACUAAUUUGUUGCAUAUAGCUAAAAUUGCAACAACAAAAAAAAAA